GUCGUUCAACCUACUAGUGGUUCGAUGAAUCCUCAGGCCUCAGGCCUCGGUAGUCGUCCAUCACUCAAAAGAGCUUAAAGGUAAGGGUAUCAUGGAACAUAAAGUACACAUAUACUAUACGUACAGUGGGAUCGGCGUUCGUUCCAAGUUUCCCACCAGAGCUUAGUGCAACGACGCUUCCAAGUAUGUAAUUCGAAGACUACAUUCGUUUCAUAGGCGCGAAGAUCUCUAAAAACAUGUGAUCAUGUUGAACUUUUCUCUGUUACCUUUUCUUUUCACAAGCAUUCCAAAUAGACAUGGAGAAAAUCAAAGAGUUUCGUGUCUCUCCGAACAAGGCGAAUGUAAAGAAGCUCGCCGAAUAUCUUAAAAGCACGGUCGGCAUGACCUCCUCUCAGUUCAAGGGAUUUAAGAAAUGCAUACAGGAUGCUCAGCACUGGGGUCUGUCCCUUGACAGACUUCAGGAAGACCAACCAAAGCAUCUGUGGGAUUUAUUAAUUGCCAAGAUUCAUGAUAAAUAUCAAGUUCUAGAUAAAUUUCAUGACUUUUGGCCUGUGCAGGUGUACUGGGACACCUACUCCUGCAAAUCCCUCGCAUACCACAAUCAUAGGUCUACCACAUCAAGAUGCAUCAAAAAUAGACAUGCAUCCUUCAGUCCUACAAGUGCCAGAUUGGCUCGCGAGACGAUACCGGUAAGGAGCGUUUCUCUGGACGCGGCGCGAAAGGUCAAGUAUGUCGGCCGACCGCUCCCAGAAUACCGCAAUAUUGGUAGAGAACCCUCCUCUUCUCGUAGAGUAUUCCAAGAUAUUCACAAUAUUCUUCCUGCUCAGUCACCUUCCGUACAAGUCAUUGAACCUAUCAUCAGCAGUGCAUCACCUUCUAGUCCCAUAGAUCUCCGUACUCCAAGUCCUCGCAUUCAAAGAUCUGUGCUGUUGUCCACCCCACCCGCUUUCGGUCUCUACCACAGUUUGCCUGCAUCGCUUGUGAGUGCCACAGGGACUCCGAGUAAUGAAUAUACAACUGCGAGUCUUUCACCAUCAGGCGUAAGCAUUUGGCCUUCCAACUCUCCAGCAUGCAUGCCUCCGUUCUCCAACAUGGCCACAGCGUGCGGAUCCAAUACUCCAGAACCUAUAACUGCUACCCAGCGGAUCUGGCCCGAAGCUUGUCUCUCAUGCGGCGCCCUACCCAAACUCGAAAGAGCCGACACCUCUGAGCUCCCCGUGUUCCUCAACUUGGACCGAAACGAUGACCUGCUCAAUAUUCUCGCCGCGAACGGGAUUUUUACGAACCAUCAUCUCCACUUGGUGAUGCAAAUGACUCCUGAGCAGCGGACCGGAUUCUUCGAUAGCACGUCGAUCAGUGCGUUCCGAGCCCUGGGUCUGAGGGAGGAUAUGGAGAAGUAUGGGGAACGACUGGGAUUCAGGAGGAAGGAAUAUAAAGUUCCUUUCCCACUGCCUGGGCAGAUCGUCCCUCAGCCAACCGAGGAGGUCCUGGAUGAGCUUUCUAAGCCUGCAACAAAGCACGAGAAAUUAGGGGAGUCGAUGAAGAUAUCUAUGGAUUUAUAUUGGGAUAUAACGAAUGUGCUCCUGACAGAAUUCAAGAGCAUCGUUGAACCCUUUCCCCAGACCAUGUUCCUGGAUGAGAUCAAAAACCAACAUACUCACAAGUGGGAUGAAUUUCAACGAGUGGUCUGUAACGAAAGACCCGUGUUGUUAAAUUAUGAAGAUCGCUGGCCCAUCGAGGUCUACAUUCGACGGCACCUCGCUCAGAUUCCUACACCUCAACAGAAACGGUCUUCCUGGUCUCCAUCAGUAUUCCAGACCAAAAUAGCCAAGGUUUUUUACUGCCCAUUGCACAUGGUACCCGCACUGGAUAGCUAUCCCAUAUCGAUCAUGCUCCGUGUACAUUUCAAGACAUUGGGCAUUGAAGAACUCAUUCCAGCAGCCGUUCUUCUUGGUAUCAGGAGCGACGAGGACUUUUUGAAAAUGAUCCAAAUGGACGAUGUCCAAGUUGGGGCGAUUGUCGAGCAAGACAAGUCUGUCAAGUUAACACCUUUGCACAAGUUUCUUUUGAAGCUGGCUUUCAGGAAACUUGAACCAAGGGACUAGGAGAUGUUUUUGUUAUCUUGCUGGACUUGUUAAAUUACGAAGGGUAUUCAUUGCUACGUAGGGGAA